AAGUUAUUACUUUUGCUAAAUCAUAUACUCUGAGCAUUCUUGUUUGCAUAUUAAUUACUCUUAGCAUUCAACAGAAAUGGAGAUUGGCUUAGCAGUUGGUGGUGCAUUUCUAUCUUCAGCUUUGAAUGUUCUCUUUGAUAGGCUUGCUCCUAAGGGUGAGCUGCUCAAGAUGUUUCAGAGGCAAAAGCAUGAUUUUCAACUCUUAGAGAAGCUAAGGAGGACUUUGUCUGGUUUUCGGGUUGUGCUAAGUGAUGCAGAGAAUAAGCAGGCAUCAAAUCCAAACGUGAGUCAGUGGCUUAAUGAACUUCGGGAUGCUGUGGACAGUGCUGAAAACUUAAUGGAAGAAAUCAAUUAUGAAGUUCUGAGAGUUAAGGUGGAAGGUCAGCAUCAAAAUCAUGCAGAAGCAAGCAACCAGCAGGUAAGUGACCUCAACUUGUGCUUGAGUGAUGAAUCUUUUCUUAAUAUAAAGGACAAGUUGGAAGGCACAACUAAAACAUUGGAGGAGUUGCAAAAGCAAAUUGCUUGUCUUGGCCUAAAGGACUAUUUUUUUCCCGGUAAACAAGAAACUAGAGUACCUACAACAUGUUUGGUUGAUGAAUCUGAUAUCUUUGGUAGGCAGACUGAAAUAGAGACAUUGGUUCACCGUUUAUUGUCUGUUGAUGCCGAUGGAAAAACAUAUGGUGUAAUUCCUAUUGUUGGAAUGGCGGGGGUUGGCAAGACAACACUUGCUAAAACUGUGUACCAUAACGACAAGUUGAAACAUCAUUUUGAUUUGAAAGCUUGGUUCUGUGUGUCUGAACCAUAUGAUGCUUCUAGAAUAACAAAAGGAUUACUUCAAGAAAUUGGUUCAUCCAACUUAACGGUUGAUAACAAUUUUAAUCAGCUUCAAAUCAAAUUGAAGGAAAGCAUAAAAGGAAAAAAGUUUCUUUUUGUUUUAGAUGAUAUUUGGAAUGACAACUACAUUGAGUGGGAUGACUUGAGAAUUCCUUUUGCACAAGGAGAAAUUGGAAGUAAGAUCAUUGUGACGACACGUAAGGAGAGUGUUGCCGAGAUGAUGGUUAGUCGGCCAAUUAUCAUGGACAUUCUUUCUAGCGAAUUCUCUUGGCCUUUAUUCAAAAGACAUGCAUUUGAAAACAGAGAUCCCAAGGAACAUCCAGAACUUGAAGAGGUAGGAAAACAAAUUGCAAAAAAGUGCAAAGGCUUGCCUUUAGCACUAAAGACACUUGCUGGUUUGUUACGGUCCAAAUCAAAGAUUGAAGAGUGGAGACGCAUUUUGACAAGUGAAAUAUGGGAGCUGCCAGACAAAAGCAUAUUACCAGCGUUGAUGUUGAGCUACAAUGAUCUUCCCGUGCAUUUGAAGCAAUGCUUUUCCUACUGUGCAAUAUUUCCGAAAGAUUAUCCAUUUCGGAAAAAACAAGUCAUUCAAUUGUGGACUGCUAAUGGUCUAGUGCAAGGGUUGCAAAAAAAUGAAACAAUUGAAGAUAUAGGCAACCUAUUCUUUCUCGAGUUGCAAUCAAGAUCACUUUUCGAAAGGGUCCCAAAUUCUUCUAAAAAUAAUGCAGAGGAAUUCUUAAUGCAUGACCUUGUUAAUGAUUUGGCCCAAGUUGCAUCUUCAAAACUUUGUGUUAGGUUGGAAGAGUACCAAGAGUCUCAUAUGUUGAAACAAAGUCGGCAUGUGUCCUAUUCAAUGGGCUAUGGUGACUCUGAAAAGUUGAAACCUCUCUACAAAUUGGAGCAGCUCAGGACAUUGCUUCCAAUCAACAGUAUCGAACUCUAUGGUCCAACUCUAAGUAAGAGGGUGUUGCAUAAUAUAUUGCCAAGACUAACAUCCUUAAGGGCACUAUCAUUGUCUCGUUAUCAUAUCAACGAGUUACCGAAUGUCUUGUUUAUUGAAUUAAAGCUCCUAAGAUUUUUGGAUCUUUCUUGGACAAAAAUAGAGCAGUUACCAGAUUCCAUUUGUGUACUCUAUAACUUAGAGACACUUCUCUUAUCAUCUUGUGAAUUCCUUGAGGAGUUACCGCAGCAGAUGGAAAAGUUGAUAAACUUGCGUCACCUUGAUAUUAGCGACACUCCUCGCUUGAAGACGCUGCUACAUCCGAGCAAGUUG